AUGGAAUUCUACUACAAGGUCGUCAAGACGCCAACCACUGCUCAUUCCACUUGCUCUAUCUUUGCCCCGGACAGCCCAGGUCCUCAGCCCAUAGUCAACUUCGGAUACCAGCCCGAAUACCCUUGCAACAUGAACACCGACGGGCUUAAAUCUACCAAUGGAUAUGCAGUCGACAUGUGUUCAGCACCGCUGUACCCGUCUGUUAUCAGAGAAAAGGAGAAAUCUCCAUCGAAGCUCCGUGAAGUAGCGGCUCCUGACCUGGCAGAGCAAGACUCCCGUCAAUUUCAUCACGAAUAUCAGAAAUAUGUUGAAGACGCGGCCGCAAAAAGUUACAGGGAACAUGAUGCUAUUCAAUAUCCUAUCUCUGGCUCGGAUACGAGCACUUCAACCACCACCACCACUCCGUCUGGCAGAGACACUCCCACCACCUGCCACUCAGCCAGCCCGGGACGCAGCGAGGGCACUAAUUCUCUAGCCCCCGAAGGAAAUAGCAUCUACAAGAGCCCAUCGCCUCCUCCUACGCCCUCCCUUGUGCAUAGGGUCCUAGAGCCAGAACUAUACCCGCCGCCAAACAAGGGCUCGUCAUGCGGCAGUAUCGAGGUCUACAAGAAAUCACUCCCCUUCCGCCAACUCGGCUGGUCUUCUCAGGGCCGAAUAGUUAACAGAGAGAUAUGCCUACCUCCCCGCCAGGUUCAACUUGACUCUCCCUUCCCAUCUCCCCUGGUGCCGCCUGCUCGAGAGCUUCCACCACACCGCAGAGCCGUUCGCGAACCACUGCUGCCCAUGCUUGUGUACCAUGAUGACGGCGAGGAGGAAAUCGUGUCACGAUACAAUUAUCUUCCUUUUGGUCGGCAGGCGAGAGAUCCAACGCCUUAUGCCCUUGAAGGCCUGGUUGCUGAGGCCCGUUCAAAUGGAUUCACUACGGAGCCAAAACCUUGCUCGCCUAUUGGCAGCCGGAACUGGUAUGAUCGUGUGGCUGGGUCUCCAGGACGCGAGCCAUUGCCAUCUGCUCGUAAGAGAGCUCGUGAGGGCCUAUUCGCCGCCAUGUUCAGCCGUUUGGAGUCUCAUCCUCCUCAGUACAAUACCAUGCCCGACCCUCCAUUCCCUUGGAUGCGAAGGUGA